UCGGCCCCAGCGCAGGCGCGGUGGCGCGAGUUGGACUGUGAAGAAACAUGGCGGCCGCGACGUUGACUUCGAAAUUGUACUCCCUGCUGUUCCGCAGGACCUCCACCUUCGCCCUCACCAUCAUCGUGGGCGUCAUGUUCUUCGAGCGCGCCUUCGAUCAAGGCGCGGACGCUAUCUACGACCACAUCAACGAGGGGAAGCUGUGGAAACACAUCAAGCACAAGUAUGAGAACAAGUAGUUCCUUGGAGGCCCCCAUCCAGGCCAGAAGGACCAGGUCCACCCAGCAGCUGUUUGCCCAGAGCUGGAGCCUCAGCUUGAAGACGAUGCUCAAGUUACUCUUCAUGGACCACCGUUCGCUGUUGGCAAGAAACGGCUUUACUUACAAAACAGACUCUUUACCUUCUGCUGUGUUUGAAGUAUGUUUAGUCAGCAUGCUCAGGAAAUAAAUGUGAAUUGCCCUUGA